CACAAAUACAAUAUUUCACCAGGUUUCCCUUGAAAAUUAUUGAAACUUAUAUUUUUAGAUACUGACCUUUUGUUAUCCUGUUUGUUCCUUAAUUUUCUAUGAACAAUAUGCACGUAGAAAUAGAGGACGAUUACGCAUUAAAGGAUUUAGCUACGAAAAAAAUCAUAUUUGGAGAAGAACUAAUUAAGUCAAUUGAAAACUUUAAACAUAUUGAAGGAUCGCAAAAACUGAGCAGAAAAAUCAGCCAAGAAUUAAAAUUCUUAAGAAAAGCAAACAAAAAUAAUUCCUUAAAAAAAGAACAUUUGCAAUGCUCAAAUUUAACUCAUUUCUCUGCUCUCAUUGACACCUUGAAAACUGUGGAAAGAUGUCAGAGUGUAAAUAAAGUAUUUGUGCUGGAUGAUAGAAAAAUUACAGUUGAUAUUAUUAGUGAUGGUGGUUUAACAUGGACUAAAGUUAUUGCUCGUAAUCCUAAGUCGGUUAGUCAAAUAUGUAUGGGAAAUGCCAGCUAUGGUGUGAGAAGUAUCAUUGAUCAAGCUGAGGAAUACAUUAGAUGUGCAAAGCAAUAUCCAUGUUUGUUUCAAUUUCCAAAGAUAAUCUUUGUCUUCACCAAUGGAAUCGGCAGUCACAUAGCAGCUAAACUAGAAUCUCGCGGUAUUAUCGUACAGGGAGAAAGAGUAAGUGACUUUCCUUUAGACUCUGAUUCCGAUAGUGAUGUAGAAGAAGAGUACCCAAAUAUUUCAGAUUUAUCUACGAAAGAUAUAGCCAACAUAAACAAAAUAAAUCUUGAUGUUUCCGCAAUGCUAGCCUACUGCAGCUCUGUGACAAAUGGUAGUGCUGAAUUGUAUGACUUUAAUGUUCCAGUAUUAAAGCAGCAAGCCGAGUGGGAGAGGCUGAGGCCGCAAAAACCGAUUUUAGAUGACUUUUUUAAAGGAAAAAAGCUUUACUGCUGUCAAACAGCUAAGGAUAACUUCGUAAAUAUUGUAGAAACUGUAGGAGGUCCAACUGAAAAGGUCAGGGCUGAGGAAUUACUACAGAGAUUGAUUGUAUUGGGUGAUGAUGCUGAUUACAGUUCUACAGACGAUGGGGAAGAGUUUAGAGAUAUAUUCGGUGAGGUUCAGUAUAGCGACGAAAAUAUUUUGAAAGUAGGAGGAAAAAUUAAGGAAAGGUCAUUAACUGUUUUUACAUUUGGAGACAGGAUUAAAGCUGUUACCGUUACAGCCAAUGACGGAUUUGUUCGAGCUGCAAGACAACAGGGUAUUAAUUUUGUAGUAUUUAUACAUGAAUCCAGAGCCUUAACGGAACAAAAGGAAAAGGCUAAAGCAAUCCCUAUCGAGAAAUUAAGUUCUUCUGCAGCUUCUGUUACAUAACGGAGAAAAACUAGAAACCUAUACGUACUUACACAAAUUUAAUAAUAACAAUAGUGUACUUUAUAUAAUUAAUUUUUUUAUUAUUACUUUUUGUAUAUUGAACAAUAAAACCAUUUCGUAUUCUGUGAUUAUUA